AUUAGGGACUUCAUUGCAUCUCAACGUGGAGGGGUUCGUAAUUUAUCAUUCACGAGGAGGGACCUAAGCAACUUUGCAACGCGCCAAAGAAUGUCUCUGUUUAAUAGUGAUAUCUCAACGACAUUGAGUUAUUUUCAACAACUACAAGCUGAGAAUCCUAUGUUCUUUUAUGCAGUCCAGAUUGAUAGUAAUAAUUGUGCAAAAAAUAUGUUUUGGGUUGACGGGAGAUCAAGGAUGGCCUACCAGCAUUUUGGAGAUGCUGUCACUUUUGAUACCACCUAUUGUACAAACAAGUACAGUAUGCCAUUUGCACCAUUCAUCGGGGUAAACCACCAUUCUCAAACUAUAUUACUAGGUUGUGCUUUGAUUAGAGAUGAGACCGUGGAAUCCUUCAUGUGGGUGUUUCGAACAUGGCUUAAUGCAAUGUUUGGUAAGCAUCCUACUUGUAUUCUGACAGAUCAAGAUCCUUCAAUGAGGAAAGCAAUAAGUGAGGUCCUUCCUAAUACGGCUCAUCGGUUUUGUAAGUGGCACAUUCUUCGGAAAGCACACGAGCAUAUAGGCAUUUUAUUUGGCACAAAAGAGAAGUUUCAAGAGGACUUUCUUAGUUGCAUUAAUUUUAGCUUAACAGUUGAGGAUUUUGAGUCAAGUUGGACUUCUAUGAUAGAGAAGCAUAGACUUGAAGAUAACACACAUCUAAAACAUUUGUAUCAAAUUCGAGAUAAGUGGGUGCCAUCAUACUUUAGAAAUAUAUUUUGUGCUUUCAUGUCUACAACGCAAAGAAGCGAAAGUUUUAAUGCACUUCUCAAAGGUAGAGUCAACAAUCAUACAACAAUUUAUGAGUUUGUCAUGCAAUAUGAAAAGGCUUUAGAAGAUCGAUAUGACAUAGAAGAGGAAGAGGAUUUUCGCUCUCUGCAAUACAAGCCAAGUUCGUGGUCUCCAAGCCCAAUAGAGAGACAUGCACAAAAGAUUUAUACUAGAGCAAUGUUUAGGGUCUUUAAGGAUCAACUAAAAGAGAUAUUUUCAUUUUCUCUGAAUGAAAUGGAGCCUAAAGCAUUGUACAAACUAGUGCAAGUCCCAAACUCAGAAAAACCAAGUGCUAGAAGAAGAACUUAUAUGGUUACCUUCCAAGCCCCUGCGACAGUAUCUUGCAAUUGUAAAAUGUUUGAAUUUAGUGGAAUGGUGUGCUCGCAUGUGCUUAAGGUGCUUUUGCAUCUUGAUAUCUUUGAAAUACCCUCUGAAUAUAUUUUAAAGAGAUGGACAAAGUCAGCUAAGGAAGAAAGUUUUGAUACGCACCAAUGUCUUAGCAUUGAAUCGUCAAAUUCCUCCUCAAAGACUCUAAUGUUUAAUAGUUUGUCUCGAAAAAUAAUGAAAUUGGUUGCAGAAGGUUCCACGUCUAUUGAGUUGUAUAAUUUGGCAAAUAAAAAAAUAGAUCAAGUUAUGGGAGAAUUAGUAGCGGCAAAAAUGCACUUACAAGAGAAUAAAUCGAUGCAUGAUGACAUGACACAAAUCCAAGGUUCUGCAUGUUCUCAAGCACAAGAAAGUAUUAUUGAUAAUAAUUGUAUGGUGAGAGCUCCUCCUAUUUCAAAUUGCAAAGGAAAAAGAAAGAUGCAACGUUUCAAGCCUCAUUCAGAGUUGAAAGCUAAGAAGCAAAGAACUUGUGGGAAAUGCCAUGGGAAAGGCCACAAUAGUCGAACUUGCAAGGAAAAAUUACUUUUUAUUCUCAAAUGUGGGACAAUGUUCCUAUGCAAAGUAUGAUAUUUCUAAUUUUUUUGAUGAAUAAUGAGAUUUGUGUAGGCCCAAGCAACAAGUCAAGUAGGAA